UACUGUUGGCAGUAGAACGCCCCGAACGCCUCGCCUCCUGUGCUGCUUACUCAUAAUGAAAGUGAAAGUUAAAAGCAGUUGUGAUCGACGGAAAAUUGUCGGGUCAGUCUGGAUUCUCUCACCAAGAGUCACCAACCUUUCAAGUAGAUAAACAUGAACUCCAUUGGUGCCCUCUUCGUUAUUUGCGCUGUCAUCUUUCCCAAUGCAAAUGCUGUUUUUUUAACAGUGCAAUGCAGAUCUGAAAUCGUGGGACAGUAUGGCCAGCAGUCACUCCUGCAGUGUGUGGUCGAACCCAUAGACAAGGACACAACGAUCCGAGUGGUCACCUGGAGGAAAGCAGGAGUUAAGAAAGCCUUACUGGUUUUUCAUGAAAUGAAAACCAUACAGGAGCCAGGCUUUAAGUUUGCUGAUCCGUCCUGGAACAACAAGAACAUGAACGUGUCCCUGCUCAUCGCCAACACAGAAGUGGCAAGCUCUGGGGAUUAUACGUGCAUGGUGAUAACAGACAGCGGUGAAGGCAGCAGCACGGUCAACCUUAAAGUUGUAGCCAAAUACAGUCCACCAGUUAUACGCUCCAUCCCUAAGAAAAUCACUCGAACUGCAGAUGGAACCCUGAUCUGUGACACUGAUGGUGGCUUCCCAAAGGGUCAUAUUCGCUGGUUUGUUGAUGGUGACACGGAAUGGACAAGGAGUUCUAAAAUGGAGGCGCAACAAACACAAAGUGGGCUGUUUCACCUCUCCAGCAAGCUGACUUUGCUUCAAGGAUCCAUUUUCUCCACGUAUACCUGCGUAGUGUUCAAUGCCAGUGGAGGCAAAGAAGCUGAGGAUACACUUGAAGUAGAACCAGUAUCGUCAGAGAUCGGAGGAGGGACCGGGAUGGGUAAAGCCUCCAAAAUAGUCGCUCCUGUGGUGGUCAUCGGAUCGCUGAUUGCAGGACUGCUGUUGGUGCUGCUGAUUUAUAGAAGGCGAUCUCAACAGGCCCGAAGGCACUCUACAGCACCUCUUAUGGGUGGCCAUCAAGAGGUUUUCAGAUCUGAAUUAGAAAGAGAGGAAGAUCAUCCACAGAGGAUGGAUGACAAGUGCAAAAAAUUCCAGGUCUGAGGAGAUAUUGCCUGUCAUAUAAAUAUGAAAACUCACUGGCAAUCUGAAAUCAACACUUCCUAAUAUGUCAAAUUUCUCUCUGUCAUUGUACUUCUCCUAUUGCAAACAAUAUAAACAGGGAUUACUUGUAUUACUGUGAUUCAUCAGAGGAAAUGUAACAUCUCCUCUUACAUAUUGUAAGCUUCCUAAGUAAACACUUUUAUGUCAAGUCUGAACCUAGAAAAAGAAGAGAAAAUCUGAGAGUCUGAUUUUGAUUCAGUAUCAGACAACUGGAAGCCAGGGAGUCAUGUUCAGCAACAUCAGGAACAGAAUAUAGCAUCAUCAGAAACCAACACGAUAGUGGUAUUUUUUUUAGGCUGGCACUGAAUGUCCGAGUUUGUGUUGGUUUAUUGGAGGAAAAACGUUAUAGAGUGUGUGUAUGUUCAGCCUACAUAGUGAAUGAAGCAUUUUUCAGCUUGGCAGCAAUAACAUUUUUUCUCACAUCCUUUUAUUAUGUAAGUAUGAUAAGGAAUACAUGAAUUCACAUUUUAGGAAGUUAUGUAUGUGUGUGUAGCUUGAUGCUCAGAUUGAGCAGACUUUCAUUUUUGUUUUUUAUAAUCCACACAACUCAAUAAUUUGUCCAAGUUUUGUGCUGAUGUGGGUUCUUCUUCAGAUGUUUGUUGUGGUUUUUUAGCUCUUUUGUAAGUCUGACUUCCAGUCUUGUGUUACCUCUCACUCCCUGAGAACAUUCAACCCCCCACAAAUUUCAUAUCCUUUUUCUAACCACUGAGAAAGUUCACCAGAUUGAUACUGGUUGUACUUCCAUGUGUCCCAUAAGCUCCACUUGUCACUGACUAGCACAGCUCUGGUGUGUGCUUAUGUAACAUUUGGUUACAGUGUACAGUUUUAUUGCCAAAGCAGCACUUAAUCUUCUGUAAGCAUAUUUUAUCUUUCAUUCGUCUCUUCAUCUGAUAACAGCCCUUCAAAAAGGUGGGCAUCCACAUUUUAAGGCUCUCAGGAUUUCUGGUCUGACAUGUGCUUAGUAACCAGUAACACCUUAUCAGCAUCUUUCGAAGUACAUGAUAUCAUUAUGAUAUUGAUUCCUUCAUUCAUUGGAGUUAAUCAUUGACUAAGUUGAGAAAAACAACACCAAUAGAAACGUUUAAAUGUUUUUCAUUUUAUUUUUGUUUGUCACAAUUUAAAAACCAGAAGGUGACCCAGGGAAAACUUUUUUUGUAUAUACUAUUUUGUAAAUCUGUGAAAUCUUAAAUUUUGUGUGUCUCUUUAUGUUUAGGUCAAAAUAAGUCACUGAAUCAUCAAGUCUUUGUAUUUUGAUUACUGUGUAUUUGUUGUGUUUUAAUGAUUAACAGACACUGAUUUGUGACAUGUCUUUCUUGUGAUUAAAAUACGUGUGCGAGUGA